AUGUUUUCAAACAUUUAUGAGAUAAAUUCUGAUAGAGCAACAUGGAAUUUUAAGGCUAAGGUCAUAAGACUUUGGCAAGUGAAUGAUUUUAAUCGAACUCAUGUGCCUUUUUCUAUUGAAAUGGUGUUAAUGGAUUCAGAUGGUGCUAAGAUUCAUGCCACUAUUAAAAAAACUCUGAUUUACAAGUUUAAACAUGACAUAAUUGAGGGAAAAAUUUAUUCUUUUGAAAAUCUUGGUGUUGCUUCUAAUACUGGAGCUUAUAGGACAACACAUCACCCAUACAAACUGAAUUUUCAGUUUGGCUCCUUGGUUCAGAGGCUGUCCAACUGUGAUAUUUCGAAAUCUCCAUUUACCUUUGUUCCAAUUGGUGAUAUUUUGAGCGGUUGUUAUGACAUUGACUUUUUAGUGGAUGUUAUUGGUUUGUUGACCGAGAUUGGCCAGGAGCGUGAGAUCACUAAUCAAAAUGGUAGCACAACGAAGCUGAAUGUUAUUUCCUUGGAAGCUGAUGGGUAUGACAUUACCUCAGGGUUCACUUUCAUAAACUUAUUGGAUAUGUCAAUAUCAUCUAUAUUUUAG